CUGUUGUAGCGAGGAGGAGAGUUUAGGGACCCGGAAAGGCUUCAACAAACUAGAGUUUGCGCGACAACGAUUUUCCACGACAACCCACGACCCAGACGGCUAUCACACACGCCGCGAUGGACGUAUCAAUGGAUCUAGAUGCCCCCGUGGUUAUCAAUCCCCAUAUGGGGGGGACAGCCCAGACGGGCGCAACAAUCCUGUGCUGCAACUGCGGCGCCCCGAUCGACGGCACAACGGCAGCCGGCGCGCUCUGCUACGACUGUAUCAAGACCACGGUCGACAUAUCCCAGGGCAUCCAGCGCGAGGCGGUGCUGCACUUCUGCCGCGACUGCGACCGGUGGCUGCUGCCCCCCGCCAGCUGGGUCCUGGCGCCACCCGAGUCGCGCGAGCUGCUGGCGCUCUGCCUAAAGAAGCUCAAGGGCCUGCACAAGGUCCGGAUCAUCGACGCGAGCUUCGUCUGGACGGAGCCGCACUCGCGCCGCGUGCGCGUCAAGCUCACCAUCCAGGACGCCGUCCAGGACGGCGUGCUCCUGCAGCAGUCCUUCGAGGUCAUCUACAUCGUCUCGUACCAACAGUGCCCCGACUGCGCAAAGUCGUACACGGCAAACGUGUGGCGCGCCAGCGUCCAGGUCCGCCAAAAGGUCCUGCAUAAGCGCACCUUCCUCUUCCUCGAGCAGCUCAUCCUCAAGCACGGCGCGCACCGGGACACAAUCAAUAUCAAGGAGGUGAAGGAUGGCAUCGACUUUUUCUUCGCGGCCCGCAAUCAGGCCGAGAAGUUUGUCGACUUCCUGAGCUCGUCCGUCCCCAUCCGCAUGAAGAAGUCGCAGGAGCUCAUCUCGCAGGACGUGCACACGUCGACAAAGUCCUACAAGUUCACAUUCUCCGUCGAGCUGAUACCUAUCUGCAAAGAGGACCUGGUUGUCCUCCCCAUAAAAUUGGCCAAGCAGGUCGGCAACAUCUCGCCCCUAGUUCUCUGCCACAGGGUCGGAACGGCAGUCAAUUUUAUGGACCCGAGCACCCUACAGACUGCCGAGGUCCCGGCCUCGAUAUAUUGGCGCCACCCCUUCCAUUCGAUUGCCGAGUCCAAGGAUCUGGUUGAGUUCAUCAUCAUGGAUAUCGAGCCUCUCGGCACGCAAAAAGGCAAAUGGAUUCUAGGUGAGGCCACUGUCGCACGGGCGUCGGAUCUGGGCGUCAACGACAAGACGUACUUUGCGCGCACCCACCUGUCGGGCCUGCUGCAGGCCGGCGACUCGGUGCUGGGGUACAUGCUCACGGGCACCAACUUCAACAACGAGGAGUUCCAGGCGCUCGAGGACUCGCACGCGUACGGCUCCACGAUCCCGGACGUGGUGCUGGUCAAGAAGCACUGGCAGCGCAAGCGGCGCAACCGGACCCGCAACUGGCGCCUCAAGCGCAUGGCCAAGGACGAGGGUGAGCUGCUGCCCAAGAAGGCGGACCAGGAGCGCCUGGACGCCGAGUACGAGCAGUUCCUGCGCGACGUCGAGGAGGACGACGAGCUCCGCGCCACCCUGGCGCUCUACAAGAGCUCAAAGAAGUCCAAGAGGCAGCCCGAGGCCGAUGCCAUGAGCAUCGCCGAGACCGAGAUGACGAUGGGUGACGACGACGACGCACCCAAGGUCAACAUGGCGGAGCUGCUGGAUGACAUGGACGAGCUCGCCAUCGAGGAUGAGUAGUGGCCUUUGUCAUCCUUUCCUUCUACUUUGUCACUCGUUCUCUCUCAUUCUCCAUGGGUAGGUCACAAAAAGUCAGUGGGGGCACGGCGCUCUGGGAACUUGCAUGAUAAACGGCGUUUUUUUUUGUUUUACUCUGUAGUAAUUCUACAACUUUGAUACCUUGUUGUUGCAGGCAGAAGGG